AUGGAUGCUGGUCAAAGUCAGCCGCCGCAUCUUAUUCAUGCCACUGCCGAGCAAAUUCCGAGGCUCUCGAAGCUCCCUUGGUUCGGUUGUGAUGAUGGCCUCUCAGAACCAAGCAUAGCAGCACAGUGCAUGACUGGAAGUCUUGCAAAGAAUUUCAAUCAAAUGCAUCAGCAAAUCGAAGACUUGCAGGUAACGAUAAACAAUCUUUUGGAAGAAAACAAGGCCCUCAAGGUCCAGAUAGCAACAAAGAUGGAAGAAUCGAUAACAAGGCUACAGAAGAUCUGCAAAAUGAACAUUGAUUUACAAAAAAGCAUGAGCGAAAAAAAGGCAAUGGCAGAGGAACUAGAUAAACUGCGAGCGCAGAGUGCCGGGCGUCCGCUAGGAAUGCUUGAAACAACACAGAGAGGUAUCAUCAUCAGCAAACUUCUAUCUAGAUCACAGACAAUGGACGACAACUACAACACAAUCGAAUUGAAGGAAUCACUUGAAUCUAGGACUGAGAAUACGGGGUCCGAUGUAAAGAGUCCUUUGGACAGUGUCCUCAGUGUCGAUGAGGCUCGAAGGCUGUUCAAUUCCUUUCAAGGAUGGUUCGACGAGCGAAAUCUGGAUUCGAUAUCCUUGCGCCGUUGCUCAGUUUGUCACAAAAUGAGGUUCGAGCAAGCUAAUCCCGAGAGUUCAAACCCUUUUGUCGACGAGUUUUCCACAGGUCUGCGACGGCCUAUCACCUGCAGUACUUCUAUCUGCUUGAUCUGCUAUCUUGGAUCUGUUCUCAAGUCUGUACAGAAACUACCUGAAACCUGGUGGGAAAUUUCAGGGUCAACAGUUCUGAUUCCGUGUCCCUGCGGUGCCUGUUCGGAAGGUAUCACUUUCGAAGAUCGUGGGACUUUACAGAAACUUUUUAGACUCGUGAAAAUCCAGGAUGCAGACGGAAAACUGAGAAUAUAUGAUAUCGCACAGUAUCUUCUGUCAGUACUCCACACCUUUGAUCCGCAGCCAACGUUGGAAGCACGUCAAGUAGCCAAACGACUACAUCAACAACUGAAUUCGAAUGGUAUUAUGGAACCACUAUUUGAUCUUAAGAUCUCGGAACUACCUACUCUGGAGAACGGUGUACCACACGAUGUGAACUGUAGACUCGUCCAGCUUCUCGAGCUGGAUAGUGCUGACGAGGUAUUGCGUGUCCCCAUCUUCACCCAGCUUCUGCGACGAGAACAGUGUCCAGUUGAAUGCUCAAUCUGCACUGAACCUAUCUACGACCUAAUUGGUGAAGCAUGUAAAAAGUGGGAUACCAUUUGCAGUGAAUACGAUGGGGACUGGAAGUGGAAGGUUCUUCCUUUCCCUCGCAAGCUUGGCCAGAGGUGCUUUCAUACUGUCGACUUCUGCAUGGAGUGUUUAGAGAACUACAUUGAAGCCCAGCUUGACCAACAUGGGAGAGCUGGAUGUCAUUUACUUACGUGCCCUUCUUCCGAUUGCGGUCGGCGACUUGAAUACGACGAGGUGAAAUUAUAUGCUCGACAAGAGACAUUUUCAAAAUACGACGAAUACCUGAAGCUAGAGGCUUUGAGCAAUUUGCCUUCUUUUCGAUGGUGUCUUGGCGAGAAUUGUUCCUAUGGACAGAUUCAUGACCUAAUUGAGAGUAACCACGUCUCAUGUGAGGAAUGCGGUUACGAGAUGUGCUUCCAACACCAGGUCAAAUGGCAUGUUGAUUUAACCUGCGAGGAGUUUGAUAGCAUGAAGGAGAACGGAGACCCCCGAUUCCGUGAAACUCGAGACUGGGUAAAUUCCAACACCAAGCAGUGCCCUUCAUGCGGAGUCAAUGCACAGAAAGGCCCAGGUUGCUUCCACAUGACUUGUACGCUAUGCCGUCAUGAGUUCUGCUGGGAAUGCCUUGUGAGCUGGAGCGAUAUCAUGCCGAGCUCUGGACAGUACAAUCAAUCAGCUCAUCGAGACGGCUGUUACUUCAAGUCAAGCAAUCAACAACCUACACAGGUCACCGGGGAGCAUAUACCUGCUAUAUGA